GUUCGGAUCUCUUUGGAUCCCUGGUCCUUACUCGGUAACGUUACACAGUACGACCUCCUCCCCAAUCCGUCCCUGUUUUGCUGAGUCAUUACCAACCGUUUCAUCGGUGCAGAGGGUGAGACUCUGAUCGGGUUGGGACCAGGAAGAUGAGUGCAUCAGGUGAGGAAGUGACUUGUGACGAUUUCAAGAAGAUGCUGACCAAUGGCAAGUUGACCAUCAUCGAUGUGAGAAAUCCCGAGGAACUGGAAAAAGGCACUUUCGCGGGAUCUAUCAAUAUUCCAGUGACCAAUGUGAAAGAUGCUUUGUCACUGGACCCGAAAACGUUUGAGACCAACUAUGGCCAUGAGAAGCCUCCCCUGGACAGCCCCGUGGUAUUUCACUGUCAGCUGGGCCGGCGAGGGGCAAACGCAACCGCAAUUGCCCGAGAAUUAGGUUACACCAGGGCCGUGAAUUUGAAGGGUGGAUUUGGUGAGUGGCAACAACAGUCAGCUCAGUGAGGAAUUCCCAUGGACACAGACCGCUGGGACCCGAUGACGUUCCCAUCCACUGCGUGAUGCUUGACCCGGCAGUGACAUUUGACCCCAAUCGCACCUGCCUGACCCUGAAGCCUCUGUCUGUGCUCAGACCCGGGGACCAUGCCAUCUCCCAGUCAGAAGCAGGCCCUUCGGCCUUACCACGUCCGUACUGACCCAGUUCCCAAACUAAACCACUCUCUCCUCCCUGCUCCUGGUCUCAUUCCUUUUCCUUUUCCUGUCCUUAUCUAAAUGCCCUUUUAAACGUUGUCACUGUACCCACAUCCCACCCCUCCUCAUUCCCACGCGAACCGCUCUCUGUGUGGAAAUAGUGCCUCGCGUGUCCUUUUUAACAUGUCUCUCCUCUCAUCUCAAUAUGUUCCCCCUUGUCUCCCCCAGUCUCGGGAAAGCGCACCUGCCAUUCACUUUAUCUACACCCCUCAAGAUUUUGGGAAAUAUCAGCCUCCUACACUCCAGUGAAAAAAGUCCCAGCAUCUCCCCAUAACUCAAACCCCCUCCACCCCCAGCAACCUCCCGGUAAAUCCCUUCUCCACCCUCUCCGGUUCAAUAAUCCCCUUCCUGUAACAGGGCGAUCAGAACUGGACACAGUGCUCCAGACGGGACCUCACCAAUGUCCUGUAUAACCCCAACGUGACAUUCCCCAACACCUACACUCAAAGGGCUGAGCAAUAACUGGACACAGUGCUCCAGACGGGACCUCACCAAUGUCCUGUACAACCCCAACAUGACAUUCCCCAACUCCUACACUCAAAGGACUGAGCAAUAACUGUACACAGUGCUCCAGACGGGACCUCACCAAUGUCCUGUACAACUCCAACAUGACGUCCCCAACUCUUGCACUCCAAGGACUGAGCAAUGAAGGCAAGCGUGCUAAAAAACCCUGUCUACAUGUGACGCAGACUUCUCAGAAUGAUGUCCCUGAACCCCUAGGUCUUUGUCGGUUCUCCAACACAUCCCAUGGUCCUGUUUUGAAAUGGAAAAGACCUGGUCCUGUAUGUUUUACCCAAAUGCAACACCUGAACUGAACAAAAUGCACAGGAAGGAUCUCUCUCUCCAUGUGAUUCAACGACACAAACCCAGAAAAGGUUUGACUUCUACCUCAUGAAAGCCGAGAACAUAAUGCUUGUCCUGCCCCAAGUGACCAGUGGGCACAGAGUCCAGUCACACUGUCCCAUUGCCUGACUCUGUGUGUAUUUCCUGACGAAGGGCUUUUGCCCGAAACGUCGAUUUCGCUGCUCCUCGGAUGCUGCCUGAACCGCUGUGCUCUUCCAGCGCCGCUCUAAUCCGGAAUCUGGUUUCCAGCAUCUGCAGUCAUUGUUUUUUAAUCUCUGUGUAUCCAGCGUGUGGGCGAAAGUGAGGUCUGCAGAUGCUGGAGAUCAGAGUCUAGAUCGGAGUGGUGCUGGAAAAGCACAGCAGGUCGGGCAGCACCCGAGGGGGCAGGAAACAUCGACAUUUCGGGCAAAAGCCCUUCAUCAGAGUAUACCCUGUCUUGUUGGAGAAACUGUUAUAAUAUUGAAUGGCGGUACAGGCUGGAAGAGCUGAAUGGCCUACUCCUGCACCUGUUGUCUAUAAUAAAUUGCAAGAGGGGCUCUC